UCUCCGUAUAAGAAGAAGAAGCAGAGGAUUAAGAGGACAAGAAGAACAGUCGGAUGAGAUGGUGAUGGUGGAGGAGAGCGACAAGGGGGAGCAGAGGGUGAAGGGGUCGUGGAGCCCGGAGGAGGACGCCGCGCUAACGAGGCUGGUGGAGCGGCACGGGGCCCGGAACUGGUCGCUGAUCAGCGCGGGGAUCCCCGGGAGGUCGGGGAAAUCGUGCCGGUUGAGGUGGUGCAACCAGCUCAGCCCCUCCGUCCACCACCGCCCCUUCACCCCCGCCGAGGACGCCACCAUCCUCGCCGCUCACGACCGGUACGGCAACAAGUGGGCCACCAUCGCCCGACUCCUCCCCGGCCGCACCGACAACGCUAUCAAGAACCACUGGAACUCCACCCUCCGCCGCCGCCGCCGCCGCGCGACUCCCGUUGCCCCAUCACCCUCGUCCUCGCCCCUCCCCCUCUCUUCCUCAUCUCCGAUCGCCACCGAGCCGGACUACUCGGAUUCGGGCUCGGCCAGGAAGCGGCAGCGCUCGAGUGAAGACGCCAACGGGGGCGGAUGCAGCUCGUUGGCGGCUGACCCCACGACGUCGCUGUCGCUGAGUCUGCCGGGCGACGGCGGGGGGGCGGAGAGAAGGUCGGACGGCCCGCUUGGAGAUGUGGAACGGCUGAGGGACAUGUGCUUGGUGUCGAUAAUGCGGCAGAUGAUCGCGGAAGAGGUGAGGAGUUACAUCGACAAGCUGCGAUCGCCGGGCGCCGUCGACGAUACGGUCUCCGUUGUCGUAAAGGCCGAGCCCCCCUCCGAUCGCCAGAAUUAAUUAGCAGCGAAUCUCCUCAUUUUCCUACUCAUAUUUAUUCUUUCUUCUUUUAAGUUGUGCUGCUCCUCCUAACGAUGGCAGCGUACUCUGUAAAUAAGACUAGAGAGAGGAAAUAAAAAUGUUAAAAUAUCUCAUUUUUAUAA